CCAUCUGCAAAUGAUUGCUGGCUUUGUGGGGGAGGCGGAUCGGUGUGUCCAAUGUUUCUCCACAGAGCUGACUCGAACCUUUCUCCUCCAACAAAACGCUUCCCUCUGAGAUAGCUGAGAGUCGCUUUUCUUCUCCCGGAGAGGAGCCGUACCAGCGAUGAUCAACACCAUGGAGUGCGUAUCGGACGCACAGAGCCUGAUCUCCAUCUCUUUAAUGAAGAUCCACAACUCCAGGACGCAGAGAGGAGGCAUCAAGCUGCACAAAAACCUGCUGGUCUCUUAUGUGCUGCGGAACGCCAGGCAGGUCUACAUCAAGGAGAAAUACGCGGAGAUCUACAGGAUGCAGCAGUACGAGGAGGUGAUGACUGUCUGCAACGAGAUCCAGGAGCUCAACCCGCUGGAUCUGGACGCAGAGGACGCGGAGGAUGAGGAGCAGGCGCGGGCUGCUUGUUGCGGCGGAGAGGAGGUGAGUCUGUGCGGCGCUGCGUGCCACCGAGGCGCGGCGCAGCCAGCAGCGCACACCCGGACAGCGAGCGCUCUGCACGGCUGCUGUGCGCUGGAGGAAGACAGCAAGGAGCCGGAGCCCUGCUACUACCGGAGCUGCUGCAUGGAGUCCUCUCCGGUGUCACAGUGCGAGCAGUUCUCCAUGAACAGCUCCGCGUACUGCAACAAAACCACCGUGCUGGACUUGGACACGCAUGUUGUGACCACGGUGGAGAACGGUUACCUCCACCAGGACUGCUGCUGCGACGCGCUCCAGUGCGGACAGAGCGCGCAGUCCCCGGCCAAGAAACGGAAGGUGGACUUCGGUUGUUGUGUGUCCGACGUGGAGGAAAUCUCGGAUUUCACAGCAGCUCGCAAAAGAGCGAAACGAGAAGACUGCUUGUUCUCACACCCGGACUACACGGACACUUCCAACAUCUCCAACCUCAUCUCCAUCUUCGGAUCGGGGUUUUCAGGGCUGCUGAGCAGACAGUCGGACUUGGAACAGAUCUGUAGCAAGCAGGUCCUGGCCAGUCUGGGCGCGUGGACCCGGGCGAUUGUGGCGUUUUAAAUCAAACACUUUAUUUGAGGGGAGACCGGGGUCACAUGUAACAUGUUUUCAACUAAAUAUUGGUAAACAAUACCCAGUAGUUAUUGUCUGCUGCCAGUUUCUGUAUGGGUCAUUUUGAACACAAAGACAUGUUCCCACACUGUUCUCCACAUGUUCACUUUGCUUUAUGUUGAAAAGGAUGUCAUGAUUGCGAAACCUUGUGCAGCAACUGCUCUGUGAAUGUUCAAGAAACAUUUUUUAUUUUGGUGGAAAAGUUUCUGAAACCUUUUGGGAAUGUUCUCAGAAAAAGUGAGGACAUUCUUGUAAGGUUACAGAAAAUAAACGGGAGCACAGAGUUUCUGAAAAGACCUUUUUUGUUUGCCAAUAAUUAAAAGAGGUGCAAAGAAUUGUUGCAUUUUUCAAUCAAAGCACUGUCUGUUAAUGCAGUUUAAAACUUACGAUUUCUUGUUACUCUCCUGUGAUGGAUUGCUGAUUCUGUAAAAUAAGGUUUGCAAAUAAUUUGGUGAAAAUUUAAACCCUAUUGAUUUCAUUUGAACAUUGAAAUGAUCUGCAUUCUUAGCUAAACUGACUCAAACAUUAGCUAACAACUUCAAAAUAUACAAAAGAAUCAAGUACAGUAAGUCGAGGGGCAUGUUUGUCUUGAACAAAUCCUGUAUAAUUUAUGUGAGGGUUUGUCAUUUUUUUUGGCGCACACUGGGUGACAUCACCCACACUUCUGAUUGGCUGAAAACUUGAAGCGUUACAGCUGAACCCGGUCUCCCCUAUACUAGGUCUAAAUCAACUUUAUUUUUGCAGGAAAAAAAAAGAAAAAGAUAUUUAAAUGGAGCAUUUUAAUGACAGCAGUUUGACAGGGAGGGGAAAGACUUUGUGCCAUAUGUAACAUUUACACCUCUCCUGAUCGACUUCUGUUGCCUUAAGUCUGAUGCACAUUUUACCGCGAGCUUUUGUCCGAAAGUGAAAGUGACUGAAUGUGUCUCCUGUCCUGAAAAAAAAAAAAUCACCUCUGGGUUGAAACGGACGUCUUUGCACAUUUGAGCAGUUUGUUGUCAUGUCUAACACACAUUCAAGACUCCCUCCGAAACACUUCAAAGGUACAUGGACUGAACCAGCUCAUAUCACUUCAUGAGUGCCGACACUUAAAACCCGGGACACUUUUUUUUGGGCUUAUUUUGGUCGUCACUUCACCUGUGUGCUGUGUGACACUAAAAAAACAGCCUGGUUUCAUUUUGGCGGUUUGAACUCCUCCUCUCUUAAUCAUUGUGUUGCUCAAAGCCUCCACAGCGAUUCAUGAAUCCAACAUGUCUUGGUUUUGUGAGUUAGUUUUUUUUUUAUUUGAGAUCUGUUUGUUUUGUAAAAGAAUGAUGUGAGUCCUUUUGUUUUAAAAAGGCAAACUCCUGAUUUUUAGCCAUAACCCCCCCGAGAGUCCACGCAUUAGCUUUAUGAGCACUAUGUGUACCAAAAUAAAGAGAGUAUUCAGCCAUUCUCUACAUAUUUUGUUGUUAUUCUUGUAUUUUUGUGCUUAAUAAAAAUUGUAUAUCACCGGGUAAAACUGUUCCAGAAAAUAUUUGUUAAAAAUUUAUAAUCUUAAUAAAAAAUGGAAAUCUUAA